UGGCUGUGGCGGCGUAUAAGAUUCCGCUUCCAAAACGCAAAUCCGCAAGCAAAGCGCCCCCGUCUCCGUCCGCCACCUCCAGCCCACCCUCGCGCGCGCGCCCGCCCGCCCCUUCGCUAAACCCUACUCGCCGGCGAGAGAGAGCUCCGCGCUCGCGAGCCAACCCGACCGACAAUGGCGUCCCGCGUCAAGUUCGAGAACUCGUGCGAGGUGGGCGUCUUCGCGAGGCUCACCAACGCCUACUGCCUCGUCCCCGCCGAAGCCUCCGAGAGCUUCUACAGUGUGCUCGACGCCGAGCUCGCCGGCACCGUCCCCGUGGUCAGAUCCUCCAUCGCCGGCACCAGGAUCGUCGGCAGGCUCUGCGUCGGUAACAAGAGAGGGCUGCUUCUUCCCCAUACCGCCACCGAUCAAGAGAUCCAGCACCUGAGGAACAGCCUGCCUGAUGAGGUGGUCGUCAAGUGCGUCGACGAGCGCCUUUCCGCCCUGGGAAACUGCAUCGCCUGCAACGACUACGUCGCUCUCACGCACCCUGACCUGGACAAGGAAACUGAGGAGGUCAUCUCAGAUGUUCUUGGGGUGGAAGUGUUCAGGCAAACGAUUGCAGGCAACAUCCUGGUUGGGAGCUACUGCACCUUCACGAACAAAGGAGGCCUCGUUCACCCGCAGACGUCGGUGGAGGACCUGGACGAGCUGUCGACGCUGCUGCAGGUGCCCCUGGUCGCCGGCACCGUCAACAGGGGCAGCGACGUCAUCUCCGCCGGCAUCGCGGUCAACGACUGGACGGCGUUCUGCGGCUCCGACACCACGGCCACCGAGGUCUCGGUGGUCGAGAGCGUCUUCAGGCUCAGGGACCCCCGCCCGGGUGCCCUGGGUUCAGACGUGAAGAGCUCCAUGGUUCAGGAUUUAUUCAAGAGUUGAGUUAGGGCCUUGAACUUGCCGAAGGCAAGGCAAUAGGUUCUGCAGAGUUCUUUUUUGCUGCUGGGGUGGUCAACCGUGUUAGCCAAAUUACCAGCAUAAACAUUGCUGCUGUAUCCUCCUACGUGCUAUUUGUAUCAUGAGAACUGGUCAAGAUUAAGAAUGUUUUCUGCCUGUGUUA